CCGUCGCCGCCGCUGCCUGUCAUCGCCCGCGGCCCGCGUCUGCGCGGGGGAUUCGGGCGCGACCCCCGUGUCUGGCUCCGAGGCGCUCCCGGCCCCGGCGCCGUCCCGGCCGGCCUGCGCGAUGAGCACCAUGUUCGCCGACACGCUGCUCAUCGUCUUCAUCUCCGUCUGCACCGCGCUGCUGGCCGAGGGCAUCACUUGGGUCCUGGUCUACAGGACGGACAAGUACAAGAGGCUGAAGGCGGAGGUGGAGAAACAGAGUAAAAAGCUGGAGAAGAAGAAGGAAACCAUUACCGAAUCGGCUGGCCGUCAACAGAAGAAGAAAAUUGAGAGGCAAGAAGAGAAACUGAAGAACAAUAACAGAGAUCUCUCCAUGGUUCGGAUGAAGUCCAUGUUUGCCAUCGGGUUCUGCUUCACGGCCUUGAUGGGCAUGUUCAAUUCCAUAUUUGACGGCAGGGUGGUGGCCAAGCUCCCUUUCACCCCCCUUUCGUAUAUCCAAGGCCUCUCGCACCGGAACCUUCUGGGGGAUGAUACCACAGACUGUUCCUUCAUCUUCCUCUACAUCCUCUGCACCAUGUCCAUUCGCCAGAACAUCCAGAAGAUUCUGGGCCUGGCCCCUUCACGCGCUGCCACCAAGCAGGCGGGCGGAUUCCUCGGCCCCCCACCCCCUUCUGGAAAGUUCUCUUGAGCCCGGGAAGAAGCUGCGCACGCUGUCACCCUCUCGGGGGCAGCCUUGGCCCGGCGCUUUUCCACCUGAGUCCCGCGUUUGGCAGCCGCCGGCGUUUCUGGCCUCAGCUCGGCGUGGGGGUCCCACGGGGAACAAGUAGAAUCUCUCUGGCCUGGCCUCCACCUGGUCCACGCCGUUGUCACACGCCGGGGAACUGGUUUUUCGGGGGAGCAUGUAAGGAUCAGGAAGAAAAUUUUGACUCUGUAUAAUUCUUCAUUGGAACUCUGCAUUGUAUUUCUUUUUUAAUAGCCAAAUUCGACCCAAGAUCAAU